AUGCAGUUGGUUGACCGCCUAACUAAUACUCAAUUACCUACACAUAGCAAGGUCACUGGUACCGCAGCUCAUAAAUCAUGUAAUGGUAGGAUGUUUCACGACAAAUUGUUCGAAAAAGAAUCAAAAAAUUGUACUACAAUCCAUGAUGGGGAAAAGAGUGAAGAUCACCAAGUAGAUUCUGAACAGCAACAUAUCUUCAUCUCACCUACAGAUCUUAUGGAUUUUAGAACUCGCCAAUGUCAAGACUACCAGCGGGGAAUCUGCAAAGACAGCAUGAAAUGUUGGAAUUCGCAUUCGGAGACUUGGCCCAGAAGAUCACCACUUACUCACAACUAUGAUUACAAACUUUGUUCCAACAUAAAUUUCAUAAAAUCGUUAGAUAAAAUGCAAUUACAAGGUAAAUGUAAAUAUGGACGCAAGUGUCGUUAUUCGCAUUCUAAGGAGGAGCAGUUAUAUCACCCUUUGUUGUACAAGACAAGAUUGUGCAUAAACUAUCCUAAUUGCAAGAGCUACUAUUGUCCUUUUGCCCAUGGUACCGAAGAAUUAAGGCAUACAAAACAAUCUAUUAACAAUAACAAUAACACCGGUAGUAGCUCCAACAGGUUUAACGAUGAUGGUGUGACUACAAUUGGUUUAAGUGUAGAUUAUUCGCCGGACGGGCCAUGUAAUGGCAAAUUGAAGGUACCAUUUCAAGCUUACACGCCUUCCACAGCCAGUGCAAUUACAUCUCCUCCAAAUUCACCAAAACAGAUCUUAUUGCCAUCCAUAAAUAACCCCCCCAAACCGGGUGUGAUUAAACCCAAUCUUAAUUCUAACAACGAUGGUUUGGAUUUAUCAAUCAAAAAUAACAAUUUUAAUCAUCUAACGCUGGAUAUACUUGAUAAGAGAUUGGAUCUAGCCUUUGAAGCGCUUAAAUUGGAUCAACAUAACAAAUUAUCACAAUUUAACAAAUUUAGGUUGCAGAACAAAUCGAAUCAACACACCACGUAUAGUUUUGACAAAUACAAUGUUUCUAAUAAUAAAUUAGACGAUUCGGAUGACAAAUAUGCUUGUUUAGAUAAUAGGGGAGACGAGGCUCUAAAUAUUGGGUUAAAGAGCGAUAUCUCCCUUUCACAGUGGCUUGUUUCUACCACUGUUGCUCCGGAAACGGAUCAUUUACUAAACAAUGACGAAUCGAAUUUUUACGAAACGAUCAGAGAUGGGAGGGAAAUGUACAGUACCUGGGGUCCUUACUCGGACAAUUAUUUCCACAGUAAUGAGCCAAGCCCGAAAAAAUCGCCUAAAGGAGGUGUUAAUUGCGUGGGCUCAUGUUUGGGCUGUGAAUGCAAUGAUAAGACCGGGUACUUGGACGAGACUAUGGACGAUCAAUGGCUAAAUGGAGUCGUUCAAACUGGGCUGGACAUGGCUACGGCAGAAGCGAAUCGUUUUUUGACCACUCGAGUGGUGAAUCCACCAGAGCGCUCUGACUUUGAGGAGUUUUAUGAGCCUAGUUACAACAGAACCCACUUUUCCAGGUUUAAAAAGUUGUACAAUGAUGGAUUAAAUGCUUCAACACUGUCAACAUUUGGGGUUGUGGAUGAGGUAGGCGUGAUUAGGAAAAAUGCCAGUAUUCAGACGGUGGAAUACCCCCCCGGUUUCUUCGACUAA